AUGAAGCCACUCUCACCGGCAGCACUCACCUGCGCCCUCGCCUCAUCGGCCUGGGCCGCAUCCUACACCGAAUCCCUUCUCAGCCUACACAAAACCCUCGUCGAAGCCGACUCGACAACAAAAUCCGAAGCCCUCGGAACGCAGGCUCUCAAAGGCUACCUCGAGACAAACUUCACGGUCGAGCUCCAAACAGUCGAAGGAACCCGCCAAAACGUCUUCGCCUACCCCGGCACCGCCCGCGAAGCCCGCGUCCUCGUCACAUCGCACUUUGAUACCGUCCCGCCUUACAUCCCGUACUCCCGCUCCGGCGACGAGAUCCGCGGUCGUGGAACCUCCGAUGCGAAAGGAAGUGUCGCAGCGCAGAUUAUCGCUGUGGAGGAGCUCCUCGCGAGCGGGGAGAUUGUCGAAGGCGAUGUUGCGCUGUUAUACGUCGUCGGAGAGGAAUCUGGAGGCGACGGAAUGGGUGCCGCGAAUGAGCUGGGCUUGACGUGGGAGUCCGUCAUCUUUGGCGAGCCAACGGAGAAUACCCUCGUCCGGGCGCAUAAGGGCGUGCUGGGGUUCAAUAUCACAGCCGACGGCGUCGCGGGGCAUUCGGGGUAUCCCGAGUACGGCCGGAGCGCAAUUGACCUACUCGUGCGCGCUUUAGACAAGAUUCAGGAUACGAAGUUGCCAUGGACGGAGGAGUUUGGGAAUACCACGUUGAACGUGGGUUUGAUUGAGGGCGGGGUCGCGACGAAUGUGAUUCCGGAGAGCGCGUCGGGGAGGGCGUCGAUUCGGGCUGCGACUGAGGAUUUGCAGGGGAUUCAGGAUGUUCUGCAAAAGGCAGUGUCGGAGGUGACGCCGGAGUAUGUCAAUUUGACGUUUACUGGGUAUGGUCUGCCAGUGAGUCUGGACUAUGAUGUUGAAGGUAUGCUUUUUGCCCUCGUUGUUCUGCUGGAACGGCCUCAACUGACACAAGCAGGCUUCAACACCACCGUGGUGAACUAUUACACGGAUGUGCCGCGCCUGAACGGAACCCACAAGCGUUACUUAUACGGACCUGGGACUAUUCUUGUGGCUCACUCGGCCGAUGAGCGCAUCACUGUUCAGGAUCUCGAGCUUGCUGUGGAGGACUACAAGAAGCUGAUCUUUGCUGCCUUGAAGUGA